ACACGCAGAACUAGUAGUGCCCUGUCAUCGGAAAGGGUAGAGGGCAGCAGAAACUUUUGGUCAGAGUUCCAGCACUACCACAGCAGCAGAAGCAGGCCGCUGGUGGUGGUAGGCACGCCGAAGCAGCGGCAAACGGCAUACAGAUGUACUGGUCCUGGUUGGUCGCGCCCUCCGUCAAGUCACACAUACUAUAGUUCUUUUGAUCUUCGCUCGUCGUCGGCCCGACCCGAGACGGCAGACCAGUAUGAACGAGCGACCAGAUCUGUUGCUUCGGCAUCAUCGUCAGUACCUCUCGUUCUUCCCGCAAUAAGCUCAAGCAGCAGACGGAGUGCAACGUCACGUCGUGCGCCAAGUGCAAGUCGGCAAAGUGUCAACGUUGUCGAAGAAUCGCACUCAUCGUUCCCGUUGAGACCUGUGCGUGCACGAAUCCCGGACUCCAUGAUGUCCAGUCAGACUCGGAGUCAUCAUAACACCACUCAUCGAACCGGAGACCGUAGCUACGGUGAUCAUGGAGAUGAAGCGACCAGCACAAGCAGCGUUCAUUAUCGCCUGGCUUGUGAGCGACUGGACAAGAUUUUCGCACGCAUUCCGCCGUUGCAAGGCUUGACGCUGCGGACGGGUGAACCACAAGUGCCGGUGUUAUCGUCAUCAGAACCAGACAGAGCAAACAGUCCGCCAGGUGCAGGGGAUCACGCAAGAAACAACGUGAACGUCACUGAUGGAGUGGUAGCGUUGCCAGCCAGCAACUGGGUUAGUACUAGUCAGGGUCUGAGAGUACCUCAAGCAGCUACACCAUUCAACCGACGAGAACCACAAGUACAAGGUCCUAUUCCUUAUGACAUUGAAUACACGAUGCUGAGAUCGGAGUUGGAAAUUCAGAAAGAGCAGAUUCGGGAUGAAGAGGCCAAAAGGAUUCCCCUCGACCGGUCAAUACAAGAUCUUGAAGAGACAAUACGGCGCCAAAUAGAGAUGCUGGAAGCAAAUAUUCGUCCAGGUGGUGAGUGGAAGAUUCGCUUUGAUGCUCAAGUCAAACACAAUGAUUCACUGGAAGAGGAGAUCGCACGCCUGGAGGAUCAAAUAGCUGCUUCGGACAAGAAGAUAAAAGAAGCUACUUGCAUCAAACCGGAUUUGUACCCGGAGCUAACUGAUGCGGAUGUGCGCAAGCGAAGUCGGCAGGGUGAAAAGGAGAAGACUGAUUUGCAGCGCCGUGUCAAGGACUAUGAGUGGAGAUUGGACAAUGAAUCCAAGGCCUUUCAUACAGCAAAUGAAGAAAAACAGAAGAUGAUCCUGCAAGUAGCAGAGCUUUCCAAAUCCAUCAAGAAGAUUGGUCUGGAGGAGGCAGAUAAAGCUGCAGUGGCGCUGUCACACCACCGUGUGGAAAGCGAAGCAUCGGCCGCCUUGGGAGCAACAGUUUCUGGGGGAGCUGCCAAGGCUCGCAAAGCUGCUGCAAACCCUGGCCGCGUUGACAAGUCAAAGACUUACCCUCCACCGCAGUCGAAACCCACAAAGCCCAGUGGAGGCGGAGGCAGACUACCAAAGUGAUGCACUUUGAAGCACAUGUGCAUGCACCAGCAUCUUCAUCUUGUGUAUACACUCUGUGUACAUAAUUGCAUAGAGUAGCUGAGAGAAAGCCUGCCUUACUUCAAAGUACACAAGGAUGAUGCAGGCAAGAACCGCAUCUCUAUACAGCCUGCAUACGGACGAAUAGUAUGCCAGUUGAGUCAACAUUAUUCUUAUCUUUGAAUGGCUGGAAUCACUGACACGCUGUAAAUUAUUGUAAACUAAAAAUUAUUCUAGGUUGAAAACUCACUGUACAGAUAUUAUGACACUCAUUUGAACAAAAUUUAUUUCCUCAGUAUGAGCCCUGUUGGUCUGAUAUGUUGUCUACUAUGUACUCUCUGGUUCGUAUUCCAUUGUUGAGUGUUGCCGGCAAUACACGUAACAAUUACAUA